GGCAGAGGAGCGACUGGGAAGCUUUUUCAUCUUCAUGCUGGAGUUUGUCUUUUGCAGAAAAAACCUUAGAACCACAGUGGGAAGGACCAUUCCAGGUGCUCCUCACUACCUUCACUGCAAUCAAGAUCCAAGAACAGAAGGCCUGGAUCCAUCACUCCCGAGUGAAGAAAGCCCCAGAAGGAAUUUGGAAAGCCACACCAGGCGAUAACGAACUGAAGCUGAAGCUCACUCGGAACAACGAAUAAAUGGACUAAGAGUUAUUUUGGACAUUAUGUGGAAAGUUGUAACUAUUGUAGUAAUUACCUUAACCAUAGCAGGAGUCAACACAAUACCACGAAGGUAUAAUGUGACUGGGAUAUACCAGUGCCAAGGAAGAGCCUAUGAUCCUUACUCUCGUAAGGCUUUAAACAAGAUACUAAAAGUCACAAAUGCAAGCUUGUGGGAGGGAAGAAAUGUUUGGGGAUGUAAGUAUGCAUUCGUACAGGAUGGGUUCCACGAGGCUUACCAUCCACCCAUGAAACUCAUCAGGGUUAGUCCUGAAUGCUGUGAUAAAUGCUUGAGUACAUGUCUAGAGUUUAGGCUCAAAAUAGAAGGGUGUGCGAUAAGAGGGUAUGACAUUGACUUUAACAUCACUCAGGUGUGUACUGAGUACCAUAAGAACCAGACCAAGAUCACUCCACCAGUGCCAAGAAAGGCUGUGAUCACCAAGAUGCCAGCUAUUCCAGAAGUGGAGGAACAAAUAACUCCUGUAGUUACCAAAAUUGGGCCAUAUGCUAUUAAGAAGACAGGAGUUCAGAAGCUGAUAGUUAACCCAAAGUGGUCUUUAAAACGAGUAGAAAUGGGAGUUCAGGUAAAUGCUUCACACGUUCGGCCAGAAUGUGCCCCAUUUCUCAGGAACUCCUUUAUGGACUGGACUACUUGGCUUCAAAAAAGUAUGCCUCCCAAUUUUAGGAACAAGAGGGAUCUCACUGGAUUGCUAGGAACAGGACUGGGAGUGCUGAACACAAUAGAUUCAGAAGUGUUACUGAAUAAAUUAACCACAAUAGGGAGCGAUUUAGUCAAACUACAACAACCUUUGCAAUCCUCUCUACUAGCACUAGGUAACAAUCACUGGAAAUUGACCAAGAUAUUACCAGAGUGGGAAGACACAGAGGAGCGAGAUCAUGAAGUAAUAAUUAAUGCACUAGGCACAGCUAGUGAAAGCAUCUCGUUGGCCCUAGGGUGUACUCAGGCACAACUGUGGAUGCAAUCAGUGGCUGCCGCAGUUAUCAGGGAAGGUGGAGAAGGAAUAUUCCCUGCUGAAAUUCGCAAAAUUGUCUGGGAUAAUGCCUCUGAUAUGGAGAGGGAACUUCAGUCCUGGUGGGUGUUGGUCAAUUUCACCUAUAACCCUGUGACUAGUGUAGUGACAGCCUUUGUUUUAACUAUACACGAUGCCUCAGUGGACUUAAUACACCCAAUAGUCCCCUUAGGAUUAAACCACGAGGGAACUGUAUUGUACCCUUCUGAACACAGAAUGUGGGCACGAGAAAUUAAAGGAAAGUGGCAAACUAUUAAUCUAGAGCCCUGUACUGUGAGGAGACAAUUAGGAUACAUAUGUGAAGGGACAUUAGAGGGUGACAAAGACACUUGUUUAGACACAGACCAAAGUAUUUGUCACUUUGAAACACAUCCAGGCAAACAGACAACUUCACUUGUGUAUAUAGGACAAGGUUGUGUCUGUCUUAGGACAGCAUGCCCCAUCAUAAGGAUAGACAACCAAAUUGUGAAUGAGACUCAAUUCAAUUUGUGUGUUUGCAAUUUUGUUAGAAUUAAGGGAUGUGAUUUUUCCUAUCGAGUACCCGUAAUAUCACAUCAAUAUAUAAAGGCCAACCUAGCCACUGUGCAGAAGAUACUGCCUGUGCCCAUAGGAAUGAAUUUGACUUUAGUUGCUCAAUUGCUGAAGCAUCAUGAAUUGAGAGAAAUCUUAAAAGAAAUUAGAGAUGAAGGGAAAAAGACAUUAAUUACCAUACACCAUGAUACAGAGACCAUCAAAGGGGUUUUUAAAAGGCUUGAGGAACAUUUGUCUCAUCAUUGGUGGGAUGUGCUUUUUGGGUGGUCACCAACAGCAACCGGAAUAUUGAAUACCUUAAUCCACCCUAUAGUUGUGUUGCUUAUUUUGGUCAGCAUAAGUUUAGUGUUAUCCAUUGUAAUACUUGUUUGGAACUGGAGGAUGCUACGACGAGUGGCAGCUUUAACAUCACUGUCAAAGGCGUAUGGCUUGGUCUUGAGAGACACUAGCUGUACAGCUUGGAUAGAUGAGGAAGACUCUGUAUACUGAGUAAAAGAAUUUAGUCAUU